AUGUCUCACUCGAACAAGAGACAAAGGAUGGAUGCGGGUGGUGGUGGUGGUGGUGGUGCAGCACAUCGCAAGCAAGGCGCCAAUUCGAAGAAGCGUUCACACUCGCAUAUCAUCGACAAACCGCACGGCAAGGAUGAAGCUUUGGCUCGGUUGUUGGCCUUGAACAGUGCGCAGAUCGAUGGGAAGAGGUUGGACAAAGGCGGCGGCGGCGGCGGCGGCGUGGGUGCAGAUGAUGCGUCCAUCGGUUCUCUUGCCAAACAGCAGCAGAAAGAGAAAGAGAAAGAGGCAAGCGGUGAGGACGAGGGGCAUCGCAGCACUGCUCCAGCAUCCCAUACACCUUCAAAGCCUGCCAAAGACUCACAGGCGCAAGGUAAAGAGAGCAAGCAGAACAACAAGAACAAGGGAAAGCAGCAACAGCAUCAGCAUCAGCAAGGUCAGAUCAAGGGGAAGGAAGACCUGAUGCCGGGUAGGAAGAGCGUCUUUCGACCGGUGCUCAGGAGCGGGCUAGAAAUCGCUUGGCCAGAGAUCGCCCCGAUUCAUAGCGUACCCAUCUUGCACACCCUGCUCGAGCUCCUCUUGCACUCUGCUCUAGAUCCGCUGUUGAGGCCUGCCAAACCAGACUCGGACAGCUCCAAAGCGCGCAGACAGAGGAGGUUGACACUGCAGAAGAAGAUGCAAGGAGGAGCGUCUCUCGUGCGAAGCUCAGAGAAUGACCUGGUAGAGCGCCAGGAUGGGACAGGGAUGAAAGGGAAAGAAGAGAGAGGAGGGGAUGAGAUGCAGGAGGAUCGGCAUCACGAAUGCCAGCAGCAGGACGUGCCGCGCACUAGAGAGGAGGACAGGCCUAUCAUCGCGGGUCUGAACAGCGUAACGCGGUACUUUGAACAUCGAAUAGCGGGGGCACGUGUACGUCUUGCCUCCACAUCCCACUUGGGCCUGCGCUCAAAUGAUUCGAUCGACGAAAAAAAGGGAUGCGAGUCGGCCAAGGUAGAGACGCAGAACAGCGACGCACCGACGCUGUUGUUCGUCAAUAAAGCGGACGUCGAUCCUCCCUCUCUAAUAGCCCAUUUGCCAAUGCUCUGCUGUGCACACAACGCCAUAUACGGCGCACUCUCCUCCCUAGGUCGUGGAGCAGUCGCAAAUGAACGCGCGCGUGCAGAGCAAGACGCCCCUGUUCUUCUCGUUCCCUUAGGGCCCAGAGCAGAGCUGCACCUUUCAGCCGCGCUCAGACUCAGAAGAGUCACUGCUCUUCUCAUUCGUCCCAGAUUCCUACCCACCUCGUCCGACGGCAAAGUACUUGCCGAGCCUUUGCUCCGUCUACUGAGAAGCUCGACGUCGUUGAAAGAACCUCGAUCGGAUUGGUUGGACAGUGCGGCUCUCUCGGCUGUGCGCGAGGCCAGAGGCGGCGCCGCAUCUUCCGCCAAGCCCAACUUAAGGGAUGCCACGAGGGUAUUGUCGAAAGAGCAGCCUUCAAGCAAGCAAGCGCGAGCAAAUCCGGAAACUUCUUCAUCCAUGCAUCCCUUUUACCCGACGCGCAUCAAACAUCUCAGAUCUUCAGCUCCGGCAGAUCUGAACGCGCACAAGGUGGCCAAAAAGAUGAGCAGGGCAAAGAGAAAGGUGGAGGUGAAGGAAGCUGCUAGGCAGGAGAAGCAGAGGGUCAAAGAGGAACGCAGAAAAGAGAGGAAUAGAAAGAGAAGAAUGAGCGGAAAGAGGAGGAGAAAGAAGGCUGAGGAGAGAGAUGCGAAGAGCAAGAGAGAGGGAGAUGAGGAUGCAGCCGCACGAGGAGACGUUCGGGCGUGA